GCGGCCCACAACAACAGUCUCCUCUAUCGUUCCAAGAUGGCGGACCUCCUCGGUUCGAUCCUGAACUCCAUGGAGAAGCCUCCGACUGUCGGCGACAAGGAGAGCCGACGAAAGGCUCGAGAGCAAGCAGCAAGACUCAAGAAGAUGGAGGAACAUGAGAAAAGAAAGAAAGCAGAGUUCAGGAAAAAGAUGGAGAAAGAAGUGUCAGAAUUCAUCCAGGACAGUAUACAACAGAAACGAAAGUACAACCCAAUGGGAAAGCUUGAAAGGAGUAUAUUGCACGAUGUUUCAGAAGUGGCUGGGCUGGCUUCUUUUUCCUUCGGGGAGGACGAGGAGAGUCGUUAUGUCAUGCUAUUCAAGAAGGAGUUUGCGCCGUCAGAUGAGGAGCUGGAGGCUUAUCGCAAUGGAGAGGAGUGGGAUCCCAAAGUCGCAGAGCAACGACGAAAACUAAAAGAGCAAGACGCACUGGAGGUGGCAGCUUCCAGUGAGACGAAGAAGAAAGAGGUUCCUACCUCCAACUACAGAGACAAGUACAGUCACCUGAUCGGCACCUCGGCUGCAAAGGAUGCGGCGCAUACUCUAGAGGCGAACAGCACUUAUGGUUGUGUACCUGUGGCCAACAAGAGGGACACCCGCUCCAUAGAGGAAGCCUUGAAUGCGAUCAGAGCAAAGAAACGUCAGAAGCUGGACGACGACACAGGGGAACACAGCAGCACUUCUUGAGUCUCCACUGUUCCGGAUUUGUCGUGUGGGUGUGUGGGGGGGCGUCUGUUUGAACACUCUUAAUUCAUGCUGUAAAAUAAUAUCCUUCUCUCCAGACGUUUUAAAGUUUAAUUAUUAUGAAGGGGAACAAAUAUAGUAUGUUUGCCUCUCUUUUACUGAGUCUGUGCUGAAACCAUUAUAUCCUGUGUAAUUGGAAAUUGCUUGGGUGUGUCUGAUCCAGGAAGUGGAUCACUCUAUGUUUGUUUAACGAUUUCUCGUGACAUAUUAGUGUCUGUUAUCAAGCCUUUCACACACAUGAUUGGAUCCCAUAUAAUAGGAAUGUUUUUGACUUACAAAAUAGUACAACUGGAUAAAAACAUCUGAUAUCUUCCUGCAUGAUUUUUAAAAAACUGAGGGCUUUAUAGAUAUACAGUUAAGAGCCUGAUCAACAUUUUUGAUGCAGACAUGCAUUUGUAGUCCUGUAGUGACAUUUUAGUAACAAAAAGUAUUUCCAGUUCUGAGCUUUGUCAGGACCUAAUGACGCUUUGAAAACAAGGUUUUAGGCAAAGCAUGACGAAAAGUCCCACGGACAAUGUUCCAAAUAUGCAGUACAGUUUUUAAAAGGGAAACGGCAACGUCAUCCAUUAAACGUUUUUAUUUCUUUAACCAUAACCUGUUGUGACAUUUUAAAGUUAGACAGAAGCCUUUUCUCCAUCUUGACAGGAGCCCCAUUUUAGAAAAUACUGCUGUGGGUUUUAGGAAUCUGAUUGUUUCUCUCUAUCUGCACUGACUGUGAAUCAAACUGUUUAGUUGAAGGCUUUAUUAUCGAGCAAUGCAAUGUCUUGUAAUAGGCAACAUCGCAGGGAGCGGGAUUGCCAGACUCCUUGUUGGGAUAUGGGUCAUUAAGUUUUAUUGUCUUUUUGUUUGUCGAGGGGUUCUUGGCAUCUUGAUGUCUAUUUUAACAUGGUUGCACUGUUUUAUUCUCAAUGUGUGUCAAUAAACAGUAUUAUACCUGU